AUGUCUAGCAAUAAUUCUAAAAAUUCAAAUAAUUCGGAUGAUCCGAAAGAUCAAUCACGGAACAGAAGAAGACAUGCAGUAGGAAAAGAAGCCAAUGAGGAGACAUCUAUAAACGCUAGUAACGAUGGUGGGAUUUCUUAUGGUACUGUAUCGGGAACCAACGCAUACGCACCAAUCAAAACUGGAGAGCAAGUACACGGAAAACAUCCUUUACAACGACGAGAAUCUGUCAUAGAAGAAGAGAACAAUGAAGAUCUACAAAUCGAAGUCCCAGCUACAGAGCCGGAAAAGGAGGGACCUGUAGCUUGGAGUACUUUGCCGCAUAAGAGACAAUUAGCCAUUCUGACCUGCGCAAGGUUAUCCGAGCCCCUCGUACAGACAAGUUUGAGAAGCUAUCUAUUCUACCAAUUAAAAUCUUUUGAUCCCUCACUACCAGAUUCAACUAUUGCAUCACAGGCAGGUAUUAUGGCUGGCUCUUUUGCCUUGGCUCAACUAACUACUGCUAUGUUAUGGGGACGAUUUUCAGAUCGGUCGGGUAGAAAGAGAGUUCUAUUGAUAGGCCUGAGUGGUACUGCAAUUUCUUGUUUGGGUUUUGGAUUUGCACGAAACUUUUGGCAAGCAUUGAUAUUCAGAAUGAUCGGUGGUGCACUCAAUGGAAAUGUAGGUGUGAUGAGAACCAUGAUUAGCGAGAUUGUCAAGGAAAAGAAAUAUCAGAGUCGUGCUUUCUUGAUAUUGCCCAUGUGUGGUAAUAUUGGAACCAUCAUUGGGCCAAUCUUGGGUGGUAUCUUGGCCGACCCAGCAGGAAGUUACCCAAGUGUGUUCGGAGGUAUCAAAUGGUUGGAAAAGUAUCCGUAUGCACCUCCGAACUUGCUUAGUGCCUUGUUUCUUGCCUCCGCCUGUCUUGCGGUCAUAUUUGCUUUAGAAGAAACACAUGAAAUGUAUGCCCACAAAGAGGAUUGGGGCAUCAAUGCUGGCCGAGCUGUCAAGCAUUUCUUCCGUCGUCUUCGAAGAGGAAACUCUAGUAAUGGUGAGUAUACUGUUAUUUCAAGCGGUGCUUCUUCGCCAACUAUCGGACCUACGCCAAUUACUCCUAAAUCUCCGAAGCGAGUUGCUCCUCGGUAUACGAAUCGACUACCAUUCCGUCAAAUUUUCACAUAUAAUGUGGUGUAUACUUUAGUCUCCCAUGCCCUACUAGCAUUUUCGAUGGGAACUUUUCAGAGUAUCUGGUACUCAUUCCUCAGCACCUCCGUGUACAAUCUUUCGCAACCGUCCAAGUCUCUCCCUGCAGACUACACCCCACAUCCACCUUUCAAAUUCACCGGCGGCAUUGGUCUUCCACCCCGCGACGUUGGUCUUGCCAUGUCUAUUCUAGGCAUGAUUGGUAUCACCAUGCAGUUAUUCUUAUACCCUAUCGUAAACACUCGUCUGGGCACCGUCCGCAGCUGGCGCAUUUUCCUCUACGGUUUCCCAAUCGCCUAUACUCUCGCCCCCUUCCUUUCUCUAAUCCCAUCCUCUUCUCCGCCCCCAUCUCAAAAGACCGGUCCCAUAAUCUGGAUCUCCCUAACCUUCGUCCUCCUCAUCCAAACCAUCUCUCGCACUUUCGCCGGCCCAGCAACUACAAUUCUCAUAAACAAUUGUUCGCCGCAUCCCUCUGUUCUCGGUACUAUUCACGGAAUAGGACAAACCGCUAGUAGCGCGGCAAGAACCAUAGGACCUGCUCUAGGCGGUUAUCUCUAUGGAGUAGGAUUGAGUCAUGGAUAUGUAGGACUUGUGUUUUGGGUUUUGGCGGGAAUGGCAGGAGUGACUUGUUUGGCGAGUACGUUUGUGAGAGAGGGGGACGGACAUGAGAUCAUUUUGGAGGGAGAUAGAGAGGCUGAGGAGGAGGCGAGGAUUAGGAAUAGGGACUUAGGAUUUAAUGUUUAA